AUCUCGUCGUGAGACAGCAGUCGCUGGAACCGUUCUCACUGUCGCGAUGUUGUCUGCUUUCCCCUUCUCCGCCACGUACCCGGGCCCCGGGAUGGAGCGGGAGCUGGAGCCUCACAGCAGCGCGGGCCCUGUGCAGCGCCGCUUCUCGCCCUACGCCUUCAACGGAGGGACUGUUUUGGCAAUUGCUGGAGAAGAUUUUUCCAUUGUUGCCUCUGACACCCGACUAAGUGAAGGUUUUUCAAUUCAUACUCGGGAUAGUCCCAAAUGUUACAAAUUAACAGACAAAACAGUCAUUGGAUGCAGUGGUUUUCAUGGAGACUGCCUUACACUUACUAAAAUUAUUGAAGCAAGAUUAAAGAUGUAUAAGCAUUCUAAUAAUAAGGCCAUGACCACAGGAGCAAUUGCAGCAAUGUUGUCUACAAUCCUCUAUUCAAGACGCUUCUUUCCUUACUAUGUUUAUAACAUCAUUGGUGGACUUGACGAAGAAGGGAAAGGAGCUGUGUACAGUUUUGAUCCUGUAGGAUCUUAUCAGAGAGACUCCUUCAAGGCUGGAGGAUCAGCAAGUGCUAUGCUUCAGCCCCUGCUUGACAAUCAGGUUGGUUUUAAGAAUAUGCAGAAUGUGGAGCAUGUUCCUCUGUCCUUGGAAAGGGCCAUGCAGCUAGUGAAGGAUGUCUUUAUUUCUGCAGCUGAGAGAGAUGUAUACACUGGAGAUUCACUUAAGAUUUGCAUUGUUACUAAAGACGGCAUUAAAGAGGAGACCAUUCCAUUAAGAAAGGAUUGAUUUAUACACUUUUACCCUUAAUCAUUUGGAAGCAGUAUCUCAGUUUUUGGAAGGUUUAGUCUACUUGUGUUAUUGUAUGACUAAUUUGUCUUAUUAAAAUGUUUUUGAAAUGUUGGAAA